AUGAACAUUGAUGGUGUCACGUCAGUGUUCUACGGGGCGGAUUUCAUAACAGUCACAAAGGCUGCGGAUGCGAACUGGGCACACAUCCGACCUGAGAUCUUUGCGCUCAUCACCGAGACUAUCACGUCUGGGCAGACGAUCGUCAAUGUACAAGAGAAGAAGGAAGGAGACGAAGGGCAGGAGGCUGCCGAGGAAGACAGCCUUGCUUACAAUGAGGACGACAGCGAGGUUGUGGGUAUGAUCAAGGAACUGCUGGAGACCAGAAUCCGGCCAGCCAUCCAGGAAGAUGGCGGAGACAUCGAGUUCCGCGGGUUCGAAGAUGGCAAUGUUCUCUUGAAGUUGCGAGGAGCCUGCCGGACUUGCGACUCAAGUACUGUCACGUUGAAGAAUGGCAUUGAGGGCAUGCUGAUGCAUUAUAUCGAGGAGGUCAAGGGCGUCAUACAGGUGAUGGACCAGGAAGAAGAGAUUGCUGUACAAGAGUUCGCCAAGUUUGAAGAGAAGCUCAGACAACAGAAGGGUGCUGUUCCGCCGACAACGGUGGGCAAGGGCAGCUUGGAUACAGUCGCGGGCUAG